AUGAAGACUGUCGCUUUUAUCACUGGUACCCUCGCUAUCACUGGGUUGGUAUCAGCAAGAGUUACUGCACCCCUGGAGAAGCGUGCGCAACCCAAAGGUAUCGACGUGUCUGGUUAUCAAGGCAAUGUUGACUGGGCAGCUCAGAAGAGCGCCGGAAUCACGUUCGCGUAUAUCAAAGCCACUGAGGGAACUGGAUAUACCAACCCCUACUUCAAUCAGCAAUAUAGCGGGUCAUAUAACGUUGGUAUCGUCCGUGGCUCCUAUCAUUUUGCUCGCCCAGACAUCUCUUCUGGAGCCACCCAAGCAAACUAUUUCUUGGCCCAUGGGGGAGGGUGGUCAGCUGAUGGAAAGACACUACCAGGCGCUCUUGAUAUUGAGUAUAACCCGUAUGGCGCGACCUGUUACGGCCUUUCGGCGGCAAGCAUGGUUAGUUGGAUUAAAGACUUUAGUAAUACCUAUCAAUCGAAGACGGGUCGUUAUCCCACUAUUUAUACUACCACGGAUUGGUGGCAGACAUGCACUGGAAACUCUGCUGCAUUUGGCUCUACUAACGCCUUGUGGAUCGCCCGUUAUGCCUCUGCUGUUGGCACUCUCCCCGCUGGAUGGGCCUACUAUACUUUCUGGCAGUACAGCUCUUCACCCCUUGACCAAGAUUAUUGGAACGGGGAUGCCGCUGGAUUGGCACGUUAUGCGAAGGGCUCUUAG